AUGGCAACCAAGAAAGCAGCGGAAGCUGGGAAGAGGAAGAAGGAGAUGAUUCUGUUUGAGGACAAGAAAGAAAUCAUCAGGAAGCAUGAAGGAGGAAUGCGAUUGACUGACCUUGCCAAAGAGUAUGGAAGGAGUGCAUCCACAAUUGGUACAAUCCUAAAGAUGAAAGAGAAGAUAACUAGGAGAGAUGCAGCCAAGGGAGUCACCAGGGUCUCCAAGCAAUGGCCACCUGUUCUGGAGGAGGUCUAGAAGUUGCUCCUGCUCUGGAUUGAACAAAAGCAGUGAGCAGGGGACUCAGUGACCAAGGUGAUCAUCUGCGAAAAAGCCAAGGCCUUGCACGCUGACCUCCUCAACCAACAGCCAGGAACACCAGCAGACAGGGCCGGACUGGGAAAAAAUUAGGCCCGGGCAUUUUUCAAUUAGAGCAGUCCCCCAAGAAGGGGGCGAGGCCAGAGAGGGUGUGUUUUGUCAUCACUAAUGACAAGUACGUCCCUUCUGAAAGUGAGCAUGUUGGUUCAAUGCGCAGAGCCCCGCUGAAGAGCUCUAGCAUUAGAAAAAGGCCCUGUAUUUGUUCUGCGCAGCGCAAGCAAAUGUAAUAACAUGCUUGCGCUGUGUUUGCUUUUAAAUUGUCUCUGGUGUCUCCACAAGUGGGAUACCAGAGGAUAAAAGGGCCAGGAAAGUGUAUGGUGCAUGUGUUUGGCGCAUGCUUGUGGGGUUGCCUGUGUGUGUAGAGUGUGGUGUGGAAUUGUGUAAAUAGGUCAAUUUUGUGGUGUAAUAUGUGUGGCUAGGGGCUGUACAGAGUGCGUGUAUAGGGGCAUAGUGUUAUAGGGGAUGUAGCGAGUGUGUACAUACGGGCAGUAGUGUGUGUGUAUAGGUGACGUAGUGUGUGUAGGGGUUGUAGAGAGGGUGUGUUUAGAGAAUGUUGUAUGUGUUUUCUUACAAGGAAUGUAGUGUGUGUGUGUAGGUGGUGCAGUGUGUGUGUAAGAGAUCUAGUGUGUAAAGGACUCAGAGUGUGUAUAGAAGAUUGUGUGUGUGUGUGUGUGUAGAGGAUUAAGAGUGCAUAUAGGGUAAGGGAUCUAGCGUGUAUCUGGAGCAUAAUGUGUGUAGUGGUGCAGUGUGAGGGGUGUGUGUGUAUAUAUAUUUAGAAUAUAUUUGGACGUAUUGUAUGUGUGAGGUGCGCAGUGUGUUUGUGUAAGAGGGGUGCUGUGUGUGAGGGUGUUUUUAUCUGCCGUCACAUUCUAGGUUUCUAAUUUUCUUUGUCUGUUAACUCACUGAGGGUUAUUUUAUAUAAUAUAUAUAUAUAUAUAUAUAUAUAUAUAUAUGUGUGCUGUAUAUGUGUGGGAGUGAGGGUGCUGUCUGUCUGAGGGUGCUGUCUGCGUCUGAGUGUGUUGUGUGUGUCUGGGGGUGCUGUGUGUGUCUGGGUGCUGUGUGUGUAUGGGGGUGCUGUGUGUGUCUGGGUGCUGUGUGUGUCUGGGUGCUGUGUCUGGGUGCUGUGUCUGGGGGUGCUGUGUGUGUCUGGGUGCUGUGUGUGUGGGGGUGCUGUGUGUGUCUGUGUGCUGUGUGUGUCUGGGGGUGCUGUGUGUGUCUAGGGUGCUGUGUGUGUCUGGGGGUGCUGUGUGUGUCUGGGUGCUGUGUGUGUGUGGGGGUGCUGUGUGUGUCUGGGUGCUGUGUGUGUCUGUCUGGGGGUGCUGUGUGUGUCUGUCUGGUGGCUGUUAGGGAAUUUAAUUUAAAUAUUUUUGUUUUUAUUAUUCCCGUGAGAGGACCCGGCGGAGCUGAUGGCUAGAGCUCCGCCGGUCCUCUCUCCUGCCUCCCUCCCUUUGAUCUCCUCACUGGCCCAUGGAGGCACACAGCAGGGCUGGCGCUCGGGUAGCUCUGGCCCUGCAGGGGCUGGCAGGGGAGAUUCUGUGAUCUCCCCUGCCGGCCUCGGCCCCACGGCCAUCGUGGCCCACCGGGCAUUUGCCCGGUAUGCCCGAUGGCCAGUCCAGGCCUGCCAGCAGAUGCAGAAGGCUUCAAGGCCAGCAAGGGGUGGUUCAAAAGGUUCAAGACCAGAUUUGGCAUCCACAACGUGUUUAGGCAUGGAGAGGCUGCAAGUUCCGAUGUUGCUGCAGCUGAGGAAUUUGCUACAGAGUUCCUGGAGGUCAUGGUUUCAGAGGGCUACCUUCCUCAGCAGGUCUUCAACUGUGAUGAGACUGGACUCUUCUGGAAGAGGAUGCCAAAGCGUCCCUUCAUCACAGAAGAGGAGACCUCAUUGCCUGUCCACAAGCCGAGGAAGGGCGGUCUCACCCUCCUGUUCUGCGCCAACGCCAGAGGGGACCUUAAGAUCAAGCCCCUGCUCGUCUACCAUUCAGAGAACCCAUGGGCCUUCAAGAAACACAAGGAGCAGUUGAGCGUUUUGUGGCAGUCUAAGCCAAAGGCUUGGGUCACACGCCUCUUUUUUGUGAAGUGGGUCAAUGUGGUUUUUGGUCGUGCUGUCAAGCAGUAG